AUGAACCUCCCACCUCCUGAAACAAGUAUAACUUGCAUCCUUGAUGUCAUUUUGACAAUUUUUGCUCCAAUACUAGAGUAUUCAACCAAGAUGCAGCCUCCCAACACUGAUCUGACCCUCCACAUGCCUGCACACUAUGUGCACUCACUUGAAUCUUCGGCCACUGAGGAUUUAAUCACAAGUUUGAACAAUGUUGGCCUUCCUCCACCCCUUGAGGAUGUUUAUAACAUGGCUCAAACAAAUGCUUACAAUCCACAUGAGGCACUCACACCUCACUCUUGUGCCUUCCUUGAAGCAACAGUCAACUCAUAUUUUGACAAGGUUUGCAUUUUAGCUAUGGAUCCAGAAGGUGUUGAGGAGACUGCAUCAUCCAACAUGAAGGGAUCUCAUGUGGAGAGUGGACAGUCUUAA